UCCUCAUCGCAGCACAACCGUAGCCGGAACGCCAAAUACUCUCUCACAGUCUCUGCCUAAUUCUCAGUGUCCGUUGGGGUCGUCCUUCAAACACACACACUCACUCUCUCUAUAAAUUUCUGAACAAUCAGAAAUGGCGACUCUAGCUCGGUUGUCCAGAAAAGCCCUAACCUCCACUCUCUCCUCUCACCACCUAAUCCACCGUACACUGGCGACGGAGGCGGCUAAGAUCACAGAAUCGCCGGAUCGAGUGAAAUGGGACUACAGAGGGCAGAGACAGAUCAUCCCUCUGGGGCAGUGGGUCCCGAAGAUCGCCGUCGACGCCUACGUGGCCCCCAACGUCGUCCUCGCCGGUCAGGUCACCGUCUGCGACGGAGCCUCCGUCUGGAACGGCUCCGUCCUUCGGGGUGAUCUCAACAAGAUCACUGUAGGGUUCUCUUCCAGUGUCCAGGAGAAGUGUGUCCUCCAUGCGGCUUGGUCUACCUCUACAGGACUGCCAGCGGAGACAUCCAUCGAGAGGUUUGUGACAAUUGGUGCAUACAGUCUUCUGCGGUCUUGCACGAUUGAGCCAGAGUGCAUUAUUGGACAGCAUUCCAUCCUUAUGGAAGGUUCUUUGGUGGAGACCCAUUCUAUCCUUGAAGCUGGGUCAGUGGUUCCCCCAGGGAGGAGGAUUCCAACAGGUGAACUUUGGGCAGGUAACCCUGCUAGGUUUGUGAGGACCUUGACGCAUGAAGAGACCUUGGAGAUCCCUAAACUCGCUGUUGCAAUUAACGAUCUGAGCAAAAGCCAUUUCUUUGAGUUCCUCCCUUACUCAACGGUAUAUUUGGAGGUUGAGAAAAUGAAGAAGUCCUUGGGGAUUUCGAUUUGAUAAUCUCGUUUUCAUGUCCAUGUGUAUCUGUCAAUGAAGUUCUUGAAAGAAAAUAAGCAAAUGUACAACUCAAGAGGUAAGCCUUUGAGUUCCUUGUUUCUUGUAUGUGAUCUUAAUAGCCUAGCCUAUUAACUGGGUUGCAAGCUCAGUUAGCGGGAUGUACGUGUGUGUCUAUCUCUGGUUUAUUCAUUUUGUAGGGCAUUUUUUUUUUUUAACUUCUUCAUGGGUUGAACUUGAAGAUGUGCAUUUAAAUGGCUGUAAUGGUGAAUCAGGACUCGUGUUGCUGAACACAAUAACUUAAGUAUUUGAUUGUGUCUGCAA